CCAUUCCACUACAAUUUUAUUCACAAAAACAAAAUAGUUUGCAGUGCCUGAUGGUGGUUUUAUCGCGUCGAAAAUCUUUUAGAAAAUCAUGAAAUUCUCUACUAGCAACGCCAAAUGCUCUUCCUAUAGUGGAAAGCAUGUUAUCUACAUUGGAACGCACACAGGAUCCUUUAAAAAGCUUGAACCUUUCGAAGAGGAUCCCUACCGGCAGUUGAACCUACAGCAAAUUGAUGUCCUGAACAAAACUUCCAAGGUAACAUGUAUGGAAUUUGGCAAUUCGGAGCAAACGGAAAUUUUGAUUGGCCGAGCCAAUCACUACGUGAAAGUUUUCAACUGUCCCAACGAAGAUACAUCGUCAAGUUUUGAAGCCGGGGAAGGUGAAGUGGUUGGAUUGGGCAGAUCCAAUGGCUGCAUUGUCGUUGGAACCAGCAACGGUACUGUAAAAAUAGUAAAAUACCCGGAACCAAUCGAAUUCUCCGCAGGAGAAAACCUCGCCAAGUUACGAGUCUACCAGCAAGACCCUACGCUGAUGGUCACGGGAGGCAAAGGACUAAAGCAAAUCAUUAAAGUGUGGGAUUUAGAAACACAAAAGGCUACCUUCACGGCUAAAAACGUCCGGAAGGACAUGCUAGAGUUGGAGCAACCGGUUUGGGAAAAUGAUGUAGCGUUCGUCGAUCGAAAUACAGUGGCUUCCUGCUCGCGUCACGGUUACGUACGAGUGUAUGACCUUCGGGGUCCGCAACGCCGUCCAGUGCAAGCUUACUCACCACCGGACGACCUGCUAGCGUUUACGUGUCUCGCAAACCAUGGACAGUACCUGUACGCCGGUACAACUACGGUGGGCACACGAGCUUUCGAUAUACGAAAAAUGAAAAACCAUAUUCACGUUUACAAAGGAUUCACCGGAACAGUUACAAGCUUGAGUAUUGAUGCCACUGGAAGUUAUCUAUUUUCUUCCUGUUUGGAUCGCUAUACUCGCGUUCACAAUGCACAAAAAACGGCAAUGGUUUACCAGUGUUACGUAAAGUCGAAACCAACUCAGAUCCUAUGUGCGGAAUAUCAGCCGAAAGUAACCACUACUGAGGAAGACGAUGAUUUAAUUCUAGUGGAAGAAAGCAAAGACGACGAUGAAGUCGAUUCGGAAUAUGAGGAUAUGUUUGCAAAAAUGCAAACUGUUGACGAAAAAAUGGCAUCGAACAAACGGAAAAGUAACGCUGCGCAGCAAGAUCAGCCCAAGGCUAAAAUAACUAAGAAGAAAAUAAAAACGAAAAAAUAAAAGCUUCGUUACCAU